AAAUCUCGCGUUUUGAUUAUUUAGGAUUAUUCUGUUCUGUGCGAGUAUCUCAUUUUUAAAUACCAAGUGUUAUUUACUAUUUUGAUUUCUAAGGGAGAAAAAAAAAUUCAUUUUACGAUACCGUUUUAUUUUUGCCGCUCUGAAUUUAUGAUAAUCUUGUCUCAUAUUUAACUUGGUAUCUCAGCUACAGAAGAUAUAAAGGAUAAUGCCUCCAAGAAAGAAAAUGAAAUGUGUUAUUUUCCCCAACAAGUAUGGCGCUGAAAACGAUGUGCCACGGGUGAAAGAUGAGGUGUCAGUUGAUGACAAUAGGAACAAUGGCAAUGAAUGGAGACACAAUUCAGUUGGUGUUCGUGCUCUCAAUGAAAAGGCUCUUGAAAAUAAGUUCCUUACUGAUAUAACUUUUGAAGUUGGACCUGAAGGAGUUGCAUUUAAGGCUCAUAAGUUGAUAUUGGCGAUUGCUAGCCCAGUUUUUGAAGCCAUGUUUUAUGGUCCAUUAGCCGAAACUGGUGAAAAGGUGGUCAUUCCUGACCUUUCUCCUGAAGGAUUCCACUGUCUUCUCAAAUAUGUUUAUACUGAAAAGAUAUGUUUUGAAAAUGAAAGUGAAUCUUUCAAAGCAUCUACCGCAGCCGAUAAAUAUUGUGUUCCAGCUCUAAAAGAUGAAUGCGAAAAAUAUAUUUAUAAAUGUCAACUGUCUCCAGAAAAUGUAUGGGUGUUGUUUGAAAAUGCACUGUUUAUGGGAAUGAGCACCAUUGUUGAAAGAUGCUUGGAAUUUUUUAAGCGAAAUACAAAAUUGGCAUUGGAAGUCGAUAGUUUUCUAGAUACCGAUCCAGGAACACUGGAAAAAGUAUUGCAAUUAGAUACGCUUGAUGUAACCGAAUUAACUCUUUUAAAAAACCUUGUUCGUUGGGGUGAACACAAGUGCAGUUCUUCCACUGAUGAAGUUUCUUUGAAAGAGGUAUUAGAGCCUCUAAUAUGCCACAUUCGAUUUGGGGUAUUGUCUGCUGACGAGUUCUGUAGCUUUCUUGAGGAUAGAAAGGAUCUAUUUAGUGAUGCAGAUGCUCUGUCAAUAUUACAGCAUUUAGUGAAACCACCGUCUAAUCCGCUGCCCGACUGGUGUUGCACGAAAACUUGGCGAAGCACUCAUAUGGAGUCCUUUGUUGUUUCAUUCAUGUCUAAGAAGUCCGGAGGCUCACGACAUUCAUCCAAUGUCAGGGUGGAAAUGUCAAGCACUUCUAGUAGUUCAUCUUCAAGUAGUUCCUCUGAUGACACUGAUUGCUGUUCUGAUACAUAUUCAUCUUUUUGAAUGUUUUAGAAGACAUUUCCAAAUGCUGGAGUCAUUCUUUCUCUUGUACUUCUCCAUACUACUUUUUUUUGAGUUAUAAUAUUUUCAUGCACGAAACAGUAAAUUGGUUUCUAAUUUAAUGGAUGUAUCAGCUAGGGCUCCUCCAACUGGUCCUUUUUCCCACUAAAAAUCCAUAUUUUAGUCUCAAAUCCCUAAAAGUCUUUUAAAUAAUCUUUUCCUUUUUGUUUAAAGAUUCAGUUUAAUUCAGUCUUUUGUUCAUUUAUGUUUUUUCUAAGAAAAAUAUGUAUGCUCUUUACUACCCUACCACAAUAAUUUGUAAUUUGGGAAUCAAUUAGGAGCACUACAGCAAGAGUUCAAACUGUUAGAUGGGUAUAAUAAAUUUCUUUAGCACAGUUUCUUGUUCUAGGUAAAGGUAAUUUUAAUUUUAAAAAAUAACAAAAUCUACUUAUUUAUCAGUAAAAAAUAGCAGAUACCAAAUAAUGAUCCAAGAGGCUGGUUACUGAUUACCACCGAAGAAUUAAAGCCUAAAAUCCAUUUUUGAAAGAAUAUAGGUCCCUUUUCUCCUCAGGGACUAACUAAAAACCUGUUGGGAGCCUGGCAUCAAUGUUAAGUAAAGAAAACCUUUUUCCUACUGAACUUAAUCUUGAUUUAAAAAAAAAAUAUAUUUAUUUUAAAUAUUAACAAUAGAUGUUUGGAAAUUUGUUUUUGAUAAAGUUUUAGUUUUCAUACCUAGUAAACUAAAGAUAAAGAAGGGGAAAAGA